CGAGUAUAAUAGGAGUUGUUUUGAAAAUAUUUUCUGUUAACGAUGUAUCUACAGCAAGACUAAGAAUCAUGAGAACGACCUUAUCAGUCUUAUUGUUUAUUAUUUUCAUUGCGAAAGUAGCGAUUUUGCAGAGAUAUGAUGGUUAUCCAUAUGAAGCAGAUUUCCUGGAUAUGGAUCCUGAUUCAAUUUUGGAAGAGAACGCCAUAAUUACAGCAAAUGCUACAUGUGGCAUAGAUCGUAAGGAAUAUUUCUGUCGGCUUGUCGAACAUGCUGAUGGCUUUAUCACCUACGAUGGUCGCCUACACCGGACACCAAGGGAAGUUUUGACUUACAGCCAGGAAGCCAAAUCUUAUCGUGACCCAAGUGGGCAAUGGGUGCAAUGUGGUUAUUGUGACGACAGAGAUCCUAAUCUACGGCAUCCAAUUGAAUAUGUUCUCAGUGGUGAGGCCAAUUUGUGGUGGCAAAGCCCAUCUUUGGCACAAGGUUUACAGUACCAUGCAGUUACAAUCACUAUGGACUUUCGUCAGGUAUAUCAAAUAGUCUAUGUUCUUCUACGUAUGGGUGAUAGUCCACGACCAGCUAAUUGGAUCCUAGAACGCUCAGUAGAUGGUGAAAUUUAUCAUCCUUGGGUAUUUUUUGCUAAAACUGAAUAUGACUGUAAGAAAUUAUAUGAACCAUUAAUUGAUCGACCAUUAACUAUUACAAGUGGACCAAGACCAUGGCAUUUGGGUGAUGAUGAAGUUUAUUGUACAACAUUUUAUAGUCAACCUCAAGCAUUACAAUCAGGUGAAAUUAUUGUAACUUUAACAUUGGAUCGUGAAAGUACCAUAUCUACUGAAUCAGGUCUUGAAAGUCCUAUAUCAUCAAAGUUAAUUGAUUUCUUAUCUGCACGAUUUGUACGACUACGUUUUCAACAAUUACAAACACUUUCUGGUGAUUGGAUGGCUAUGCCAAAUCAAUUAGACAGUUCAGUUUACAAUAGGUAUUAUUAUUCAAUUCGAACAAUUAAAGUUGGCGGGAAAUGUGUAUGCAAUAGUCAUGCUAGUCGAUGUGAACAGAAAGUAAUUGAUGGUGUACCUCGAGCCGUAUGCGACUGUCAGCAUAAUACAUGCGGAAACAAUUGUGAAAAGUGUUGUCCAUUAUUCAAUCAACAACCAUGGCGUCCAGGGAGAAUAUGUGAAGAGUGUAAUUGUAAUCAAAAAGCAGAUGAAUGUAUUUAUAAUCAAACAGUUGCUAAUCUUCGUUUAAGCAUGCGUAAAGAUGGUGUUCUAGAAGGUGGAGGAGUCUGUUUGAAUUGUCGUGAAGAUACAACUGGUGUAAAUUGUGAAAAAUGUAAACAAGGUUAUUAUCGCCCAUUAAAUGUCCGACCUGACUCGCAAUAUCCCUGUAGACCAUGUGAAUGUAGUACUUUUGGUUCAACUGGUGACUGUACAUCGAAUGAUGCUGAAAUACCAGAACGAUAUCCUGGAGAUUGUAUCUGUAAAGAAGGUUAUGCAGGUAGACGUUGUGAUGAAUGUGCUGAAGGCUAUCAACGUUCUAACAUUGAUCCUCAAUUAUGUAUACCAUGUACAUGUGAUAUUAGAGGAAGUCAUCGUGGUCCAGGAUAUCAAUGUGAACCACCAUGUAACUGUAAAAUUAAUGUUGAUCCAGACUCUUAUUGUAAUACAUGUCAAAAAGGAUUUUUCAAUUUAGAUGUUAAUAAUCCAGAAGGUUGUCAAUCAUGUUAUUGCUCUGGUCUUACGGAUAGAUGUACUGGUGUUACUCCAUCUACUGCAAUGAUAUUGGAGAAAAAAGGAUUACUUGGUCCAGUCAAUACUUUAGCGAAUUGGAAAAUUAUUGUACCAAGCUUAUCAACACCAGAUACCGGUUACACAAUACCAAUGACUGAAACAUCUUUACAAUAUGAUAAAGUUUUAUUCGCUCAGACACGUACAGUUGAAGCUUGGCUUUCAUCAGUUACUUCAACACCAGUUACACGUGGUUAUUAUUGGUCAGCACCGGAAGCAUAUUUAGGCAAUCAAAUAACAUCUUAUCGUGAUACAUUGAAUAUUAUUUUACGUUUUAAUUCACCUACUAUGUUAACAUAUCGUCAACCGACAAUACCCACAGAUAUAUCAGGCAGUAGACAAUUUUCUAUGUCAAUGGCUAUGACUGAUCAUUUAAAUUAUAUGUGGUUACAUGAACCAGAUAUUGUAAUCGAGGGUAAUGGUUAUCGACUAGUUCAUAUGUUAUCACCAUCCUAUCGUGAAAGUCAUAUGAUUUUAAAUAUUCCAUUAAGUGAAUCAUCAUUCCGUGUAAUUGUUGAACCACCAACCUCUAUACCAUUAGAUCGUUUUCCAAUAAGUUGGUUACAAGGUGAUCAAUUAAGAUUUGAUGAAUCAACAUUGGAACGAGUUGGUCGACCAGCAACAAUAGCUGAUAUAAUGACUGUAUUAUCCAGUAUAGAUAGAUUAAUGAUUAAAGCUAAAUAUAUUACUGAUCAAACAACAACUGAAUUAAUGUCUGUUACACUUGGUCGUGCUAUACGUGAUGAAAUUGGUGGAAUACCAAAUAUUGAAGAAUGUAUUUGUCCAAAUGGUUAUUCAGGAUCAUCAUGUGAAUCAUGUGCCAUUGGUUAUUAUCGUGAUUAUCAAAAACAAUCAAUGAUACAAACGAAUCAAACUUCUUUUACUUCAUCAACAGCAUUAUCAUUAUGGCGUUCAACUAUGAUGACACAAUUACCUGUUUGUAUACUCUGUGAAUGUCAUGGACAUUCAGAUAUUUGUGAUGAAAAAACUGGAGUAUGCAUUGAUUGUGCUCAUAAUACUGCCGGAGAUAAAUGUGACAUCUGUGCACCAGGAUUUUAUGGGGAUCCACGUACCGGUGAUCCAACAGCAUGUAAAUCAUGUGAAUGUCCACAUUUAGAUUAUCAAAUGACUGCAGUUUGUUUAGCACAUGAAGAAGAAUUCUUUAAAGAGGAGAAACCAUAUGUUUGUUUAGAUUGUACAGAAAAUACUCGAGGUCGAUAUUGUGAAGUAUGUGCAGAAAUGUAUUAUGGUGAUCCACUGAAUGGGAUACCAUGUCGUUCAUGUAAUUGUGGACCCGCUGCUAUAGGAUGCAAUGCAACAAAUGGAGCUUGUAUCUGUGGAUUUAAUACAGCUGGACCGCAAUGUGAUACAUGCGCUGAAGGAACGCAUGGAGAUCCAACUAGAGGACAACCAUGUAGACCUUGUAAUUGUCAUCCAAAAGGUAGUAUCUCUCCAUCAUGUAGACUUGAAGAUGGUCAAUGUAAUUGUUUAUCAACAUAUGAAGGUGUUAGAUGUGAUCGUUGUAUACCCGGUCGUGGUAAUACAGAAGCUGGUUGUCCACCAUGUCAAUGUGAUCCUAUUGGUACUAGACCAGAAUAUUUAACAAUGUGUGAUCCAGUCUCUGGACAAUGUUCUUGUAAACCAGGAGUUGGUGGUACUUUAGAUUGUUCAACAUGUCAAAUAGGAUAUUACAAUCUAGGUCCAAAUGGAUGUACAGAGUGUAAAUGUACUUCAAGAGCAAUCGAUCGAACAUGUAAUCCAAUCACAGGUCAAUGUAAAUGUGGUGAGAAUGUAGUUGGAGAUACAUGUGAUAAAUGUCUGCCUGGAUACUAUUGGAAUAACACUGGAUCAAAUUGUUUACCAUGUAGUUGUGGUAUAGGAACUGAAUUAACUAGAACACUAACUCAGUUAACUGAAUGUGACAUGAAUACUGGUCAGUGUAAAUGUGCUCCACAUGUCGUAGGACGAGAUUGUACAGAAUGUGAAUUGGGAUAUUUUGGUGUUUCUGAAAGUGGUUGUAAACCUUGCUUACCUUGCCCAAAUGGUCAAGUUUGUGAUCAGAUUACUGGAAAAUGUAUUUGUCCACCAAAUACUGAAGGUGAUCGAUGUGAUAAAUGUAUUGCUGGAUCAUGGGACUAUAAUCCAGUGAUUGGUUGUAAAAAUUGUACUUGUUCGAUAGAUGGUUCAGUUAUAGGCCUUGAAGAUCAAUGUGAUUUAAUCACAGGACAAUGUACAUGUAAACCAGAAUUUUCAGAUCGUGCAUGUAAUGAAUGCAGUAAGGGUUAUUAUGGUUAUCCUGAUUGUAGAAAAUGCAAUUGUGAUAUGCGUGGUACUGCAUGGGGAAAUCUAUCCAUAUCAGAUACGGUUGUAUCAUGCAAUCCAAUCGAUGGACAAUGCAAUUGUAAAGAAAAUGUUGAAGGUGAUCAAUGUGAUCAAUGUAAACCAGGAACUUUCGGUUUAAAUAUUGAUUAUCCACUUGGUUGUUAUUCAUGUUUCUGUUUUCCAACUGGUACACCAUCCAAAUGUAGCCUACUGACAGGUUAUCGUUCUGUUCCGGGAAAGGUGAAAGGAGUUGAAAUAAUUUCUACUGAUGAUCCACGUUAUCCAGGUGGACCGUUGAUUGAUUUAAAACUUGGUUUAAGAGAUAUUGAUGUAAAUGAAUUAACUAUUGGUUUAAGUCAAUUCAGUUGGCGUUUCUCUGUACAUCGUCCAACUCAUUUGGAAAUACCAGAAUUAAAAGGUUCACUAACGCGUAACUAUGGAAGUGUAAUUAUUGGUGUAUUGACGGAAUGUUUACCUACUGGUGAUUGUAAACUUGGCAUUGAAGAUGCACAAACUACUACUACCAUACUAUCCACUAGAGACGAUUUACCUGGAGGUUUAAUUAUACGUAGAAAUGAUAUUGUAGAUGCUCGAAUGACAGCAUUAAAUGGUUACAUAGAAAUGGAAUAUCAACCAUCUGAAAAUUCACCUACAUCUAUAGCGGAUGGUUAUCGUCAAAUUUGGCUUCGUGAACAAGAUUGGGUAUUGACACGUGUAUCUGGUAUUGAUACACGUGUUCGACCAACACGUAAUGAAUUAAUGUUAGCUUUACUUAAUGUUACAUCAUUUAGUGUACGUUUAUUUAUGCCUGAAGCAAGACCAAAACUUGUAAGUGUAAAAUAUAAAAUUUACCAACCACGUACAGAAAUAACAACACUAUCUGGAAUUGAAAUUAAAACAAUUGAAAAAUGUGAAUGUCCACCGACUGCAUCCGGUGAUCACUGUGAGAUUGCUUCAUCUGGAUUUUAUUUCCCAUCAAUCAAACCAAAACCUGGACGUGAAAUUCUACCACCAACCUCUAUAAUUGAUCCUACCCUUCCAACAGGACAUAUAAUUUGGGAAGGUGGAGCUCAAAAAUGCCGUUGUCAUGGUAUGUCUUCGAAUUGUGAUCCAAUCACUGGAAUAUGCUUGGAUUGUACUGGUAACACAGAAGGUCCAGACUGUGGAAAUUGUGCUACAGGUUACAUGGGUGAUCCAAAAAUUGGACAACCAUGUGUUAAAUGCCAAUGUCCUACAGAACAAACUGAUUAUGCAAUCACGUGUACACCAUCAACCGAUCCUUCAUUUUUACCACAUAAAUGUAUUUGUAAAGUAGGCUAUGCUGGUUUACGAUGUGAACAAUGCGCUCCUGGGUAUUACGGUGAUCCAACAAGCAUGACUGCGUGUCAAGCAUGUGAUUGUGAUAUUGGCGGAUCAAGAUCGGAAACAUGUAAUCAAGAUACUGGACAAUGUGAUUGCUGGCCUGGUAUUAAAGGGCGUAGAUGUGACCAAUGUGAAGAAGAUCAUGUUGUUGAUCAUGGAACGUGUCGUGAUUGUCGUGGUCCAUGUACUGGUGAAUUACUUAUUAAAUCAGAUUAUAUUAAAUUACAAAUUAAUGAAUUAAAUAUAACAACAUUAGCCUAUCAAGGUUUAUCUAAAUUAAAACAACAAAUUGAAUUAAAUAAAGUACGUUUUAUUAAAUCUCGUCAACAAUUAGAAAAUGAAAUUCUAUCACGUAUUAAACAAUUAACACGUCAAUUUAAUGAAAUUAAUCAAAAUUAUAUAAGUAUUAUCUUAAUAAAACAAGAAACAUUAAAUCAAUCUAAUUGUAAUUUAAUUAUAAAAAUUAAUCAAUUAUAUAAUGAAAGUCAAUUAAUAGAAAAUCAAUUAUAUAAUUGGAUAAAUAAUUUAUUAAAACAAGAAUUCAAUCAAUCAAUUAUAAAUGAAAAAGAAAAAUUAUUACAUUGGUAUAAUGAAGCUAAACAAAUUAAUAAUUAUUUAAUUAAUAUUCAAUUAAAUUCUACUAAUUUAUGGUUAAUUAAUAUUAAAUUACAAUUUAAUCAAAUUAAUAAUAAAAUUAAUGAAUUUAUACAAAUAAUAAAACAACAAUUUAAUAAAAUUAAUAAUAAUUUAAUAAAAUUUAAUAAAUAUCAACAAUUACAAAUAUUUUUAAUUAAUUAUGAAAUGAAUCAAUUAUAUCGUAUUAAUAAUUAUACUAAAUUAUUAAUAAAUGAAUUAGAUAUGGGUAUAAAAAAAGCUGAUACACUAGUUGAUACUGUCAAAACUACAACAAGUCUAUCCACAUUACAAUCCUUUGACAAAGAAUCCAAAAACUUAGAUCAAGAAUUAUUGAAACUUGAACAAUUACAUACGAAUCAAGAACAAAUAAAUCGAAUUGAACAAUUAAAACAACUUAUUCAACAAUUAAGUCAAAUUCAGCUACCAGAUUCAAGACAAAUUUAUAUGCCACCAGAAUUGAUAACACAUACAAUUGAACCAAUAGAACAAGAAUCAAAACGUAUCAUUGAUAGUUUAAUACCAUCAGAUCAAUUAAAUCGUACUUAUUUAGCAUAUAAUGCAUAUCAAUUCAUUAUUGAUAAUAUAAAUUUAGCUGAGAAUGCAACAAAUGAAGCAGAAAAUGCAUUUUUUAAUAGUACUACAACUAUAGAUGGUAAACAGAUAUCAUGGCAAGAACGACUUAAUCAAAUUAUUAAUAAACGUGAUCAAAUUACAGAUAUAUUAAAUAAUUAUUCAAUUAUUUAUAAUUCACAUAAUGAAACAUUAAAUAUACUUGAUAAAGAAUUACAAACUACUGAAAAUGAUUUAAGUACAUUAAAUCAAAUUGCUAAAAAUAAUUUAAAAUUAACAAAAGAUAUAACAAAUAAAGUUGAUUCAAUACAACAAUUUUUAAAAGAUACAAAACCCUUAGUUCAAAAUGCCUCAGAUAAAUUACAAGUACAGUUAGGGCGUUAUAAUGAACUACAUGAUCGUUUACAAGGAAUGGAGAAUCGAUUUUCCCAAAUACAAGGAACAGCUAAAACUCUAGUUGAUCGAGCAAAUAUUACUCAAUCACAUUUAAUUAAAUCAAUUGAUGAAGCUGAAACUGCUGCUAGACAAUUGGAUUCAAAAUUAUUAAAUUUACGUCGAUUAGCUGAUGAAGCACGUUCAAUGCUUGAUGUAAAUUACGGAUCAUUAUCUCAUGAUCCAGUUCCUUUACAAUUAGGUCAAGAUUGUGUAUACACUUUGGUCCCUUACAGUUUAACAAAAUCUCGAGUGUUUGAUAUUGAAUUUUGGUUCAAUUUAAAUAAUUUACCAACUUUAUCAAGUAUAAGUAGUGUAUUAAUGGUUGGACGUAGAGCUUUUGAAGGACAUACACAAAUGUUUGCAUUCACUAUUGAAGCACCUGAUGCUAGACUACGCUUUUCAUGGAAUACUCCAAAUGGAAUCCUAGAACUAGGUCCAGUUACUACAAAUACUUGGUAUCAUACACGUGUUACAUCAGUUGGUGGUGAGACAAGAAUGAUACUCAUGGAAAGACCAUUCCAAGAUCGUGGUGAUGUAUUUCCUGAGAUAAGACAAACAGCUACAACAAAUGGAACACUUGAUCAAGAAGCAAAUCUUAUUAUGGAUAGACAAAUGGAAUUACGUAUUGGAGGAGUUAUGCAAUCUAGUAGUCGUUUAAGUAACCCGGAAGCAUGGGGUGAUAAUGGUGCUGAAGAAUUCUGGUCACGACUUAUGUCAAUGGAAUCAAUCAAAUUUUGUAUGUUCAACUUAAGAUUAAGUGGGACGCCCAUUAGUAUUGCUAAUUUUGCUGAUGCUAAUCUUGAAUGUUCUAAACCAAAAGAAUAUCAGUGUCAAUUACCUGGUAAAAAUCGUCGUUAUGUUCGUAAUGGUUAUAUAUGGGAAAAACAAGGAGAAUUAUAUAAAUUAACUAAUUUUACACGUUUAUCACAAUUAAUUGAUCCAUCAUUAUCAUUAACUAGAAUGUUUUUCUAUGAUUUUAAUGGUGUUAAUGGUUAUUCACGUUUAAAAUCAAUUAAUAAUUUAGAUUUUUGUAAAGAUCAUUUAGAUUUCCAAUUAACAUCAUUAAAAGAAUAUCAACGAUCUAAUAUGACAGUAAUGACAUUUUUUAAUUAUGAUAAAGAUUAUGGUAUAACAAUUGAAUUAAUAAAUGGUCGACCUGAAGCUUAUUAUUGGUCUGGUCGUGAAUUAUAUCAAUUAGAUAAUACUAGACAACAUAAUGAUAUUGAAGUUAUAAGACGACGUCGUUUUAAAUUAUUCAAUUAUAAACCACGUUGGAAACGUCAAUCUACUACAUAUAGCGGUGGUACUGGUCAUCAUGAUGAAGAUAGACGACGAUUACAUUUAAAUAUAUUAGAUCCAUCUAUGCGUAUAUUACGAUUAGAUAAUUUUAUGACAACAGAUUGUAAUGAUGAUAUGAUAUUAUUUUUAGGUGGUAUACCACCUAGUCAUUAUGAAUUACGUAAACGAAUGCAAAACCUCGGCUUUUCAUUAACUCCAUUUGCUGGCCGCAUUGGUUUCACAAAUGGUAAACCAAGUCAAUCUGGUGAAGUUUAUUUAGCUGAUUAUGCAAUUACUUCAGUGAAUCAAUUUGGAGAUACACAGUUUACUGAUUCUAGACAACUUGGUGAAAUUCGAACUAUUGAAAAUACAAGUCCAAAUUAUCAAUAUUGUUUACAUUUAAAACCGCAUCAUUUAUAUAUGGCACCAGAAUUGAAAGAACCAUCUAGAUAUUCACCAUUUGAACCAGGUAUCAGUAUGACAAUACGAUUUAAUCCAUUAAUUGCACGAUCUGGUGAUAUGGAUUUAUUAAUUAUUCAACCUGGACAUGCAGAAUGGAUACGUAUAUUCCUUACAGAAGAUCAUCGUUUAGGUAUUGUUAUACCAGGCGUCAGUAAAACAUUAUACACUCGAACAUCUUUAACAUCACGUGCAUUAAAUGAUCCAUAUACAAAUUUGUUAAAUUUAGAAUUAAUAGAAUAUAUGAAUUUAACAACAGUUCUACCAGUAUGGAAUAAUUUAAAUAAACAAAUGUCAAUGAUAAAACCAAUGACAACAAUAACGUCGUCGUCGUCAUCAUCAUCAUCUUCGACGACAUCAUCAUCAUCACCUUCAACGACAUUAUCAUCAUCAUCUUCGACAACAUCAUCAUCAAUAAAUUUAGAUACAAUGAAAAGACAAUAUUUUGAUUCUAAACAAGCUGAAAUUGAAAUUGUUGUUACAUUAUAUUUUGGUAAAAUUGAUACAGAACAAUUAACUGUAUUAUUUGAUCAACAUAUUGUACAAACAUGGACUAUACCAAAACAACCAGAUAUUAAAAAUAUACGACAAAUAUAUAUUGGACCACAAUUAAUGCCAUCAUAUCCUAUUACUAUAGAAUAUUUAAUCAUUGGUAAACACCUAGUGGACUUCACAACUGAAUUAGUAAGUAAAGAUAAUCCAUAUGGUAGUCAAGUUGGAAUAUGUGGUGGACAAUUAUAUCCACGAUUUACAGAGCGUCGAGGUUUAGCUGGACUAGUAACAAGUAAACUACAAGGACUUGAAUUAACAGCACCACCAAGUGGACGACAAUUAAUAUUUACACCAUUCAAUGAAUUACUGACUAAACAAAUUAUUCCAGGAGUAAGUUAUGAUGAACAAUCGGUUUUAGAAAAUAUACGUACUGGUGAUGGAAAAAUUCGUAAAAAGAAUGAUUGUACUGAAAAUGCUGAAAAUACAGCUUGGUUUGAUCAAUAUCCUGAUUCAUAUUGGGAAAUUGGUAAUAUUGGUACAAUUAUUCAACAACAAACUACACCUUUUGAAUUCACUAUUGGUUUUCGUGCACAAUUAGCUAAUACUGCUAUUAUUGGUGAACAUUUAUCAUUAUCUGGUGUUGAAGAAAUAGAAGAAGAUGUUUAUAGUUUAUUAGUUGCAUUUAAUUUUGGUCCAGAUGAUGGAAAUAUUUAUAUCAUUUUAUCAAAAAAUCAAAUUUUUAUAUAUGCUGAUAGAAAAAAUCUUUUAUGGUCUAGUCCAUUUAUAACAAUAACAGAUACAACAUGGCAUCGGUUAAAAUUAAUAUUUCAAUCAACUAAUUCAAUAGAAGAACAAAAUGGUCCUGGUGUUGAAAAUGGAUUACAAUUAUUAUUUGAUCAUCGUCAUUUUUGGCUUCCACCUGUGGAAAUAUUUAAUUUACCAUCGGUUGUAUUUAUUGGAGGCUUACCUAGGGUGCUCAAUUUACAAUUACAAGAAAAUCGUCAACUUUCCAAUAUUUAUGGUUUAUUCGGAUGUGUCGAUGAACUGACAAUGAAUAAUGUUAGUAUGUCUUUAAGAACAAGCAAUCGUCCAGUUUGUUAUGAUUGUUUCAGUUUAAAUCCAACAAUUGUUCAUGUUCCAGAAAAUAUUGAUGAAUAUUUAAAGUAUAGUUUAAUUAAAUUAUAUAUACCAGAAAUAUUUACUCAACCUGGACAUGAUAAAUUAACAUUUGAUUUUAGUUUCUUUUAUGAUCGUAAUACUAUAAAACAAGCUAGUUUAUUUGUAUUGACAUUUGGUGGAACAAUUGAUCAACCUAGUGAAGAAAUUCAUUUAUGGUUAUUCCUAUCAAAUAAUGAAGUUAAAAUGGGUUAUAUAACAGAAUCCAAUGAUGAAUUAGAAUUAAAUCAUGAAGUGAAUCUGGCUAAUAUUGGACAUAAUCAAAAUAUUUGGCAUUAUAUUAAAUUAGAUAUAACAUUUAUUAAUCGUAAUCCAUUAUUUCAAUUAAAAUCUCAAACAUCAAUUAGUGAUACAUUAGCACCAUUUAUAAAAGCUAAUCGAUUAAUAUCAAUACAUCUUGGACGUAAUACAGUUUUAACACCAGAUAAAAUGAAAAAAUCAACUUAUAAUUAUCAUGGUGAAAUGUUUAGAGGUUGUAUGCGUAGUUUACAUUUAUCAACACUCACAGAAAUACGUAAUAUUAAUUUACCAGAAGAUUUACCAGGAUUUCUCUACGGUCUUUGUCAUACCUCAUUGGUUUGGUAAAAAAAAAUGGAAAACAUAAUGGACUAUGUAAUUUCAUUUCUUUUUUUUAAAGUAAUUUACUUCAAUUAUUAGUUAUCUUAAUAUAUCCCGUUUUAUUCUUUUGAA